UAGCCCUGCAGGAGGUCACCACUGCCCUUCUGCAGCAUCCACUCUUUUUUUGGGGGCGGAUUCGCUGCCAGGUCCUAUUGCAUCAUGGGAUUUGUAGUCCUCCCCAGCAGUAAAUGACCAGGACUGGAGCAAAGUGUUUUCAGCAGGGGGGAAGGGGGCUCAUGGCAUUGGGUGACCAGUCUGACCAGUUCACAUUCCCAGCCUGAGGGGGUGUGGGGGGUUAUAUAGUGAUCUUAUCUUCAAGCUGUGCACUCUGGCAAGCAAAGAGUUAAAAGGACCCUCUAGCACAGAAAGGCUAUCUGCUCUCCCAGUUAUGCAGGAUUGGGAAUGGUUAACCUCAUCAUUCCCAGUUAGCACGGCUUAGCCAGACAGCGCCGCACUGUCCGUAAGGGGGGUUGCUAGUGAAAGCGGCAGCUAUAGGGUUAAGUGUGCAGUGAGCGUGCACUGUGCAGCCUGCCCCUGCAGCCUCCUCCAGUCACACUCAAUGCAAGGAUUAUGGGAGGCCCUCAUUAUGCAAACCUCCCAGUCCGGGCCACUCCUCCAGGUAUUGGGCUUUCCUGUGGCCAGCAGCCGGGUGCUGGGCUCCUGCGGUGUGGGAUCACAAGGCCUCGCAGCUGGGGGGUUCGCUGAGUCACAUGAACAGCCACUUCUUCUGGGCACUGCUGGGACUUUAAAAAUGAAAGCCCGGAGCCGCUAUCUCCAGAGGAACUAGAGGGAAACUCCGCCAUUCCUGGAAGAAGACCUGUUUUCCUGGAUACGUUCCGCUGACUCGGAGAAGAGAGAAUGGUCCUGUUUGUUUCUGAUUUCCCCCCUCGAGCUACGACACAGGAGGAGACCGUGUCUCUCCAACAGGUCUGAGGCCGCGGAAUUUUUUCCUUAGGUCUAUGCCAGUGCUUGUCUUGCCACCUCCUCCCCUUCCUGGGAUGCGGGAUGCCGGGGAAAAUUCCAAAACAUCUUACACUUCUUUCGACUCCUUCCACUUGGGAUCUCCAGUUUCUGUCCGCCUUGGAAUCUUACAUUUGAGGUGAACCUAUCUUCUGACCUUCGACUCUGUCACUGGACAUGGAACUUGUACCCCACGUUCCGUUUUAUUAUUUUUGACCCCCUUCCCCCCCCAUCCAUACCAGGAACCUCUUUGGGAAUAUAAUCUCUUAUUCCAUGAAGCUUGGGAUCUCGUGGAUGUGGUGACCACGCUGAGCCAUGUCUUGGUUUGGAGAAGUUCAGUGGUUAUGCCUGGUGACCCUCUUCUUUGCCUCCUUGGUGACCAUCGCUGUAUAUCUCGUCCAGUACGUCUUGAACGUUUGGUGGAAACGUAAAGCGAAGAGGCCUUAUUCCGGCGCGCAGAGUGAGGCCGACUCUCUGCUGUCCUGGAUCUUAUCUCUGAAUAGUUGGAGGAGUCAAUGGCUGAAGACGUGGAUAGCCGCGCUCAACGAAGAGGCCGGGAAAAGAGGGGGAUCCCUGCGGCUGGCGUUUGAAGAUGACAAUGGACCGCGACCUUUAGAGCUGUCCGUCAAACAAGUGCAGAGCGUUGUGAAGUCCUAUAGUGAUAAGGUUGUGUGCUGCACUGUAGUAGGUGAAUGUCUACAGUUUGCCGUGCGGGUGACCCGGACGCUGCCAGCCAACUCAGGAUGCCAGGUGUACAGUGUGCGCAUCACUCCGCUCCAUAUAAAUCUGGAGCUCCGUGUAAAAGAUGGAGCUGGAAAAGACGUCCUGGUCACGUGGUCCAUGGGAAACUUCUGCGACCUUGAUCUUCAAGUUCAACCAAAAACUAAGCUGGAGCAGACCCCCGGAUCAAGCGCCAUCAGGGAAACUCUGGAGGACAUACUGAAGAACCUCAUGGGCUGUGUCCGACCUCAAGUAGAUCUGAGCAGCAAGCCUACAGACCUGAAGGAGCAUCAGAAUAUUCCUGGCGUCCAUUUUCCAGUAAUCUGUCCUCCGAAACCACCGCGAGUUCACGAGCUGAAGCUUCAAGUGCGCAAUAUCAAAGCCGUGCUGAGCGGAAAUGUUGACACCUCCGGGAUGGUGGUGUGCUCCGCGCAGCUCAACGACCCCGUCCAGAGGUUCACGACCGCAGCCAUACAACAGAGCGCGAGCCCCGGCUGGGAGGAGGAAUUUGUAUUUGAACUGAAUGCUAAAUCCAGAGAGCUGCAGCUGCAGAUGAUAGAACCUGGGGAACCUGCGGGAGGUCCCCCCUUGGCCUGUGCCAUCGUGCCGUUAGAUCUAUUCAGGAAGAACCCCUCAGGAAGGCAGAACUAUUCCCUGAACCCCGACAGUCCCUUGUCUGGGUCAAUCAGUGCUCAGUUCCUGUUCGUGGAGCCGACUGAAGUGAAGUCCUGGUCGGUCCCGGUCCCUGCAAAGAAAGUAGAGAUGGACCGGACGGUGAUGCCUUGCGGCACCGUGGUGACUACCGUUACCUCUGUCUCUUCAAAGCCACGGCUGGAGGGGAAGAGUCCGACUGCCAGCUGCACUGAUAAAACAUUGGAUUCCCCCUCGAGGACUCCCCCUAAAAUAAAAGUGAUUGAGAGGGACUUCUCGGUACAAGCCAUUCCGUCUCAGCCCGGGGUGGUCAGCAAGGUGCUCUCCUCCUCGGACACAGAACUCUUGAUGCUGAAUGGCUCUGACCCGGUUGCAGAAGCCGCCAUAAGACAGCUGAGGGAGUCUUCUAGACAGUCCCUAAAGUCUCCUCGGAAGAAGAGCACCAUCAUUAUAUCAGGAGUCUCCAAGAGUGUGCUUACUCAGGACGAUGAAGCCUCGCUCAUGAUGAAUUACGCUGCCUCCAUGGACAGCACAGUUGUGAAUGACGAGCCCUUUGAUGACGUCACUAAGGCAGCCACCAGUAAUAAAGGUCUGACAUUGGCGUCGACGUCCACCGUGCCAGCCAUGAGCUCAGAAGACGAGCUUCUCGAUGCCUGGGAGCAGAGCAGUCAGCCGGGAGACUGGAAUGGCAAUGGAUUGGAGGACCCAGACUCUGAAUUAGUAUCUGUCAGUAACCUAAGCAUGUCGGAGACGGGGAGCAUCAGGAAAUCUAAAGGCGGAUUUUUACACAAAGGAGCAAAGCUAUUUUUCCGCCGGAGACACCAGCAGAAAGACCCUAGCAUGAGUCAGUCUCACAACGACCUGGUCUACCUAGAAAGGCAAGGGGCGGCGGAGCAUCACAAGAAGGGGGGCACGCUGACCCGACUCCUCAAUAGGAAGCUCCUCCCCAAAAAUAAACACAAAAAUAAACCGCCACCUGAAAACGCCUAACCCAGCCAGGCAAGAUGGCCGACCAAGACACCACACGAGGAAAGCCCCUGAGAGGCGUGAGGCCGUGGUGAAGGCCUAGAUGUCCCUCAUGAACGAAGUGAACUUGUAAAAUCCUGCUUUUAAUUUUUUUUGAUCUUUUAGCUCAACACUGUGAGAUUUUAGAAGUCCUAUAAGGCGGCUCAUCCUCAACGCACAAUGGAGGGGCAGCCAUUUUAUGAGCUAAAGCAAUACUCGUGGGAAUAGAGAGGCAGCCAUUUUGUAUGAGUGUGAGAGUUCUCAACUAAGGUGGUCAUUGAUUGCAAUGUACCUCAUCUCUCAAUGAUAUGACUGGUUUCUGUGUGUUUUUCUACAAAAUGGCGUCCACCGUGGAGGGUGGGUUCACCUGGAAAUGUCCACUUUGUCAUGGAAUUGCAUGUAAAUUGUAUUUAUGAGCCACUCGAUGCAAUUCUAUGGCUAGAGUCUCCACUUUGGCCUAGGCGCUAAUGGCUUCCUCCACACCUCUGGGUGGGGGCAGGGAGGAUCCCUAUGAUAUCCAAUAGUGCAAUCUCUACGCAGCGGACCACCCUGAACACUAAUUAUGUAAAUAAUGGAGAUAUUAAGAGGUUUUUAUAUAGUUAUUAUGUUGAAUUCAUGUAAGAUUUCCGCUUAUUUUAGGCACCAACUAAGCCGAAUGUAAGUAGGCCCCAGACAUUGAUAUAGGAAACCCAGGGCUUAGCUAUAGGGUGGUCAGACGUAGGCCCUGGUGCCUGAUGGGGUUCCAAGGCUGCUCUGCCCCAUAAGAAGGCACUGGUAUUAUAAAUGGUACAUGGUAGGUAGGGGGCCUUUAUUAAAGAUUUUACAUUGGGGGCCCAGGAGCUUCAGGUUUCACCUCAUAAAGACUUAAGGAAUUUUCCAUAGUGCUGGUUGCCCUUGGAAACAGAAUACAGCUUAGCUCCGCCCUUCUGUCAGACAUGUGACAUAACAGCUUAAAGGGGUUUUCCAGGAGGAAAAUAUUGAUGACCAAUCCUCAGGAUUGGUAAUCAGUAGCUGAUCGGUGGGGAUCUGACCCCCGACACAGGAGCGCUGCGGCCUCUUCAGAGUGUAACCAAGCACAGCGCCGUACAUUGGAUAGUGGCUGUUUUUGGUAUUGCAGCUCAAGCCCAUUCACUUGAAUAGGACCAGUGAUGUCACUGGCCUUGGAAGAGGGAGCAGCUCACAAAGAGACUUCAUAGUACAUACAGUUCCGUCUGGUCUAGGGGAUAAUGCCAGAUUAAAGGAAUUUAACUACACUCCCAAAAUUGAAGGGUUAUUACAUUUCAUCAAAAUUUCCACAGAAAAGCAGGGCCUAGGUCACACGAUGGGCUGCCUGAGAAAAUGGCGGUGUUGUCCGUAGCAACCAAUCAGCUUGAAGCAUCUGAUUUUCCACAGCAACUGUGAAACUAAUUGCAUUGAUGAUUACUGGUUGCUAUGGGCAACACCAACACAGAAGAAAGUGUCAGUGUUGCCCAUAUAGCAACCAGGCAAAUUUCAUCUGCUUAUUUUUUUUAAAUGAAACCAGUCCUCUAAACUGUUUUGGGAAAGCUGGGUGACUAUAUCAAUAUGGCCGCCGGAGGCCAGCUUAAAGCUCCUAAGCCCCGAUGAUAAAUCUAUAUGAACUCCUCUCAGGGCCCACUAGGCCAGGCUUAAAGGCUAUGUACACCUUCCGGAGGCAAUUUUGUUUAUGAUUGCGUUUUACUCAUUUUUGGCUAAAAAUCAUAUUUUCAAUUGGCCUUUAUUAAAAAUAC